UCAAGCGAUAUUUAUUGUUUACUCAGAUUCAUCGGCUUUUUGGUAUUGUUGACCGGGUUCUUUCUAUUCUAUCCUUUUUCAUAUUUCAUUAAUUUUGAUUCCAAAUUUUUACAUUCUUUGUUUCGUCUUCGUCAGUUUUUGACCAAACUACGGCGGAAACUCUUAUCGAAGUUUUAUUUCGUAUACAGGGUAAAGAAUCCCUUGCCUCGUUGACGUCACGUAAAAGGAAUUCGUUCUUAUGGCUAGUAAGAAGGAGGCUUCUGCCGUCGAUGCGGUCUUGGAUUAUCUCAAGGCGCAAAAUCGACCCUACUCUGUGAACGAUAUUGUUCUUAACCUUCAUAAAGAACAUGGCAAGACUGCAGUGCAAAAGGCGCUUGAUAAGCUUGUCCAGGAUGAACAAGUUCGUGAGAAGACGUACGGUAAGCAGAAAGUGUACGUCAUUUCGCAAUCCAUUCUUGGAGACACCUUUUCUGCGGACGAGAUAAAGGCGAUGGACAAGCGAAUCGAGGAAAAAGAGACAGCCAUCAAGGGAUUGGACGCUCAAAUGAAAGAGUCGCAAGCCGAACUCAGACACAUCAACAGCUCAAUGACGACGGAACAAAUGAUCAUCAUGAUAGCAAAGCUGACUGAAGAGAAUGCAGCAUUGUCGGAAAAAAGGGACAAAUUCGCUUCUGCUAAUGUGGAAGUGUUGGAGAAGAGUGAGCGGGAUAAGAUCAGGACGAAUCGAGCCAGAAUUUUGGGACAAUGGCGAGCCCGCAAGAAAAUGGGGACAAGCAUACUGGAAGCCGCAUUGGAAGGUUGGCCUGGGUCUAAGGCGGACCUGAUUGAAGAGGUCGGAAUUGAGUUGGAUGAAGCUGUGGGUGCAGUUCUUCCGUCCUCUUAGAAAAUCAUGGAGAUAAGUUAUCAUCAUUUUUAGUUUUUUUUAUGUGUGCGGAUUUUUACACAACUUUUAUACUUUCUUAAGAAUAGAAUCGCAUUGAUUCAUUUCCUGUUGUCUAACUCAAAUUCCAUGAAAUAAACACAUCACUUUUCAUCAUGUGCAAA